GCAUGAAGGAAGCGGUGCCUAUGUGGAUCUACACCGCACAAGUCAGCGGAGACAACUCUCAGGACAAAUUCGCCGCCAUCUCCCCGGGAAUGUAUCAGCUGGGGCCGAACACAGUUGCUAGGCAACGCACCGGACAUUACGACACAGACGCUGCGCAGUGGAAGAAAGGGUUCUCAUCCGUUUGAGAUCGUGUUCCCCAUGGCCCACCGAGGCACUGACGCCUGUGUGGGGGUGGGGCACUUGGAUGCUCCGCUACACGCCAAGGGCAAGGGCAGUCUGGUGGGCGGGAACAACAAGACCUGGGGCAUCAACCUGCGCACGCGCAGAGCGCUCCACAACAACAGCAUCGCCCGGAGGUACCCACAGACGCAGGCGACCCAUCCCGAGUGACGGUGAUCGCCACAACCCCGGCCGGACCGCCCAUCCAGGAGCCAGCACCCCGAGAAGACCCGCCCAUGUACACAGACUGCUACGCCGUCAUGCCGGCGCCCAUGAGGGAGGGGACGACCAUGUCCAAGAUGACAGACGGAGGACCGCCCCCUCCCCCGCCCACUAAAGUCGGUAACCAACAGGGAGGGGAGGGGCGGGCCUCCAUGCUGUCACUCAAAGAAGAAAAGUUUGAGCCUGAGUUAGUCGUAGAACCGAUCCCAGAGGAAGGGAAGGAAGUGGAGUCCAAACCGGAAGAGGCAAAAAAAGCAGACGACUCAAAACCGGAAGGUCAACCGCCGGCGGAAAAAACCGACGCACCGGCGGAAACGAAAGAAAACUCGGAGGAAUCGAAACAGGCGGAACCAUGACAGGGGAGGUGACUCAUCAUAGUUCAAUAUUGUUUUUUUGGCACAGGGGUAGGAACGGAAGGUGCAAUGGGAACAAUACAUUGGUCGCUUUUAAGCA